AUGGAUUUGUUCGCCUGGAGUGCACAAGACCUUCCUGGGAUAGAUCCUGAUUUCAUAUGUCACAAGUUAGCGUUGAAUCCAGGAGUGAAGCCAAUUUCUCAGAUGAAAAGGAAAAUGGGCGAAGAGAAAGCACAGGCAGUGAAGGCUGAGACAAACAAGUUGAUCGAUGCUGGAUUUAUAAGAGAGGUAAAAUAUCCUACUUGGUUAGCUAACGUUGUGAUGGUGAAGAAGAGUAACGGGAAGUGGCGGAUGUGCACAGACUACACGGAUUUGAAUAAACACUGUCCAAAGGAUUCCUAUCCUCUCCCAAACAUUGACAAAUUGGUGGAUAGGGCUUCUGGAUUUGGGAUGCUGAGUUUGAUGGAUGCUUACUCUGGAUAUCAUCAAAUCCGAAUGUAUGCGCCUGAUGAGGAGAAAACAGCUUUCAUGAUAAAUCAGGCCAAUUAUUGUUAUCAGACUAUGCCAUUUGGGCUGAAGAACGCUGGAGCUACUUAUCAGAGGCUUAUGGACAGAGUCUUUGAGAAACAAGUGGGGAGAAACAUGGAAAUUUAUGUGGAUGAUAUGGUUGUCAAGUCAGAGGAGAUGGGUGGACAUUGUAUUGAUUUAGUAGAGGCUUUUGGAGAAAUAAGGGGGCACAACAUGCGGCUCAAUCCGAAGAAAUGCUCUUUCGGGAUUCAAAGUGGAAAAUUCUUGGGCUUUAUGAUCACAAGGAGAGGAAUAGAAGUUAAUCCUGAUAAAUGCAAGGCGAUUCUGGAAAUGCAAAGCCCUACAUCCGUGAAAGAUGUCCAGAAGUUAACAGGAAGGAUAACAGCUCUGUCAAGGUUUUUACCUUGCUCUGGAAGCAAGGCGGCUCCAUUUUUCCAGUGCUUAAGGAAGAACAAGGUUUUUCAGUGGACAGAAGAAUGCGAGCAAGCUUUUCAAAAUCUGAAGGAGCAUCUAUCUAAGCCUCCCAUAUUAUCAAAGCCAAUUCCAGGUAUUCCUAUAUCGGUUUUUAUUUCAAUAUCGGAUAAUGCUGUGAGUUCUGUCUUUUUGCAAGAAUGUAAGGAUGAGACUAGAAUCAUAUAUUUUGUAAGCCAUGCUUUACAAGGAGCUGAGGUGAGAUACCAAAAGAUUGAAAAGGCUGCUUUAGCCUUAAUCAUUUCUGCUCGAAAACUGAGGCCUUACUUUCAAGGUUUCCAAGUUAAAGUCAAAACUGACUUCCCACUACGCCAAGUUUUGCAAAAGCCAGACUUGGCAGGGCGAAUGGUCUCUUGGGCUGUUGAAUUGUCAGAGUUUGGGAUUGUGUUUGAAAAGAAAGGUCAGGUUAAGCCUCAAGCCUUAGCUGAUUUUGUUAAUGAGAUGUCACCAGAGGCGAAAGUUUCAGAAGGAGAGGAAUGGGCUUUAUCUGUUGAUGGGUCAUCUAAUUUAAAAGGAAGUGGAGCUGGAAUAGUUCUUGAGGGCCCGGGCGGAGUCAUUAUUGAGCAGUCCUUGAAAUUUGAUUUCAAAGCAAGUAAUAACCAGGCAGAGUACGAGGCGAUCAUUGCUGGGAUGAGGUUGGCUAUCGAGAUGAAUGUUCAUAGUCUCGUUAUCAAAACCGAUUCUCAGCUCGUGGCGAAUCAGAUAAAGGGUGAAUAUCAAGCUAAGGAUGUGCAAUUGACAAAAUAUCUAGAAAAGGCGCAGGAAUUGAUGAAACACAUAGACAAUGUUCAGGUGAACCAUGUUCCCAGAGAAGAAAAUACAAGGGCUGACGUACUUUCCAAAUUGGCAAGUACUAAGAAGUCAGGCAACAACAAGUCAGUGAUUCAAGAAACUUUGAAAAGCUCAAGUGUGAAUGAGGAUGACGCAGUCAUGGCAACCGGGUUGGUGUCAGCAAAUUGGAUUGAAAGGGUUAAAAUGUGCUUACAGGCAGAUGGAGCUGACUUGGUUCUAUUUUCAAAGGACCAAAUCCGGGAGGCUAGUCACUAUACAUUGCUAGGUGAUCAGCUUUACCGAAGGGGCGUUGGAGUUCCUUUGUUGAGGUGUGUGACCAGGGACGAGGCUGACAGGAUUAUGUUUGAAGUCCAUGAAGGUGUUUGCGCAAGCCAUGUGGGCGGAAGAUCUUUGGCUGCGAAAGUAUUAAGGGAAGGAUUUUACUGGCCCACCUUGAGGAGUGAUUGCAUGGACUAUGUCAAGAAAUGCGAGAAGUAUCAAGUUUAUGCUGAUUUGCACAGGGCACCGCCAGAGGAGUUAAGUUCCAUGAGUUCUUCGUGGCCAUUUUCUAUGUGGGGCGUUGAUAUUCUUGGACCUUCCACUCCAGCAGGGGCGCAGGUAAGAUUUGUGUUGGUUGCUGUUGAUUACUUUACAAAAUGGAUAGAGGCAGAAUCCAUGGCGAAGAUUACUGCAGAAAAGGUCAAGAAAUUUUAUUGGCAAAAAAUAAUAUGCAGAUUUGGUGUGCCAGCAACUGUGGUGUCUGACAAUGGAACACAAUUUACAAGCAAGAAGGUCAGAGAUUUUUGUGAUGAAAUGAGAAUUGAGAUGAGGUUUGCUUCUGUUGAGCAUCCGCAAUCUAAUGGUCAGGUAGAGGCUGCGAACAAAGUCAUUCUGAAUGGUAUAAAGAAGAGACUCGGCGAAGCAAAAGGUUUAUGGGCUGAUGAACUGCUAACCGUGAUUUGGGCGUACAACACGACUCCCCAAUCCACUACCGGGGAAACACCUUUUAAACUUGCUUAUGGAGUGGAUGUUAUGAUUCCAGUGGAGAUACAGGAUGUGACUUUCAGGGUUGCAACUUAUGAUGAGGAUCAGAAUCAAGACAACAGGCUGAUAGAUCUGAAUUUGGCUGAAGAGGUUAAGGCAGAAGUCAGGCUUAGGCAGGCUGCAGUCAAGCAAAGGUCAGAAAGGCGUUAUAAUACCAGAGUUGUCCCAAGACACAUGCAAGUGGGCGAUCUUGUUUUGCGAAGAAAAGCAAAGGGUCCUGACGAUUCAAAGUUAUCACCCAAUUGGGAGGGUCCUUACAGAAUCUUGCGUGAUCUAGGUCAAGGGGCUUAUCACUUGGAGGAGUUAUCUGGGCGAAGGGUUCCUAGGGCUUGGAAUGCGCAGCACCUUUGUUACUAUUACAGUUGA